AUGAUGCGGUUAGUAGCCUUUUGCGCACUGCUGCUGUUGAGCAGUCCACACUGUUCUGCCAACAACAGUCUGGCAGAUUACAUGCGGGCAACUCCCAAGCCCACAUCCGCUGCUCCAGAAGAAACUGCGGCACCCAGUACAUCCCCCACAACAGUGGCACCCACAGAGUCGCCUUCAGUGGCUCCCACAUCCGAGGCACCCACAGAAUUGCCCACAGUUGCUCCCUCCACUGUAGCACCCACAGAAGCAGAAGGAAAAGAUGCGGAUCUCGAUUUGACCUUGAAUGGAGUGCCACAACAAGAACCCGCACCCACUAUGGAACAAACACAGGAAGAAAAGCCAAUCGACGACCAACAACUGCAAGACAUUCCAACGGCAGCUCCUUCCUAUGUUCCUGCCCCUGAUGCCACCACUGCUACCUCACUGCCUCCGCCUCCACCCACCGUAACUCAAGCCGAGAGUCUCUAUGACGAUACCCUGGACUUUGAUAACAGCUUUGGGGAAGUCUUUGUCGACUUUUCGCUCUUUUCUCCCAAUGUCACCAACCGUCAAAUGAACUUUAUGAAACUCAAAAUGAGCAUUACCAGCAGCAUUGACGUUCUUAUUUGCGAUGAAACCAGUCCCAUUGCCAAUCACGACGGUGGAGACUACUGCGCCGUACGAGAUACUGUCCUCGCCAAGGCUGCCACCACUGCCUCGCGUCGUGAUCCACAAUUGUUUGCACAAAUCCCCAAGACGACCGUAUUGGCACUUUCCACCACCAACGUCCGCGAUGCAACCGCCGUCACGUACUCGGGAAAGCUCUUUUCGUGGACCACUUGGAAAUUGGGUUGGGAUAUUGUUCAGAUCGGAGAAACGUUGCGAGAACACGUUACCGAACGAUAUGGCAGUGACUUGACCGAAGAAGAGCAAGAUGAAAAGGCACACUCUAUAUUGCAGCACAUGAUGUCCACCGAGUUUGAAGGCAUCUUGCGAGAUGGAGUCUUUGAACAUGAUCUGAAUUUGUUCAUGAACCCCAUCGUUGUCAUGACCAGUGUUGUGGGAGAGGAAGUGGCUACUUUUGGAAUGGCGGCACAUCACUCCACGACUACUUCCGCCAAGGGGGAAGAGCUGGCCGGGGAGGACGAGGAAGGAACCGAUCUCAUGAUCAUCUUCUUCUUUGCCGGACUUGGAGCGGCAUGUUUUGUCAUUGUGAUCCUACUCUACUUCUCCUUCCGAUCGAGAGAUUCUCAAGUGUCACGAAAACGCACCAUUAUCAUUGUCGACGACACCAGCAAGAGUUGUACCGACUCGCAAGGAGACUCGACUCAAGAGAACAGCAACAAGGUCAUGGUCUUCGAUGCCGAUCACUUAAGACAAGAUCCACCCCGCCAACAGGACGAAGAAUGGGGUGAAGCCGACGUGGAUGUCGACGAUGUUGACUACGAAGAACCUCUCAACGAUAACGAAGAAGAAGAGGAGGAGGAAGAACAAGAUAACCAGACCGCUCGUUCCAUGGCACACUCCACGGCAUACACGGGCUCCAUCUCCGCAAUAACCGGUGUCUCGGGCCUCGAAGGCUCCGAUACAUGGUCCGUCGGGAGUAUGAGCAUUGACUUGGCCGAGUGGGGAUAA